AUGACGACACCCAACCUGCGACUAGUACAAUUGAACAUAUGGAAAUCUAGAGCAGGCAUGGAAGCCCUGAUUAACGAUUCCCAAACACAAAACUUGGACAUACUCCUCAUCCAAGAGCCGCCACUCACGGCAUACAGCACACACGUCAACCACAGCGCCUGGCACCUCUACCAGUCAACAUGUCAGGAGGACACCCCCAAGAAACGUAGCCUACUCUAUGUGAACAGGCGAAUCUCAACAGCCUCACAUCGACAGAUAAAAUGCAACCACCCCGAUGUCACAGCAGUCAAAAUGUGGACCAUGGAGCGGCAAAUGCUGAUAUUCUCGAUAUAUGUCCCAACCACGAACCACAGCCAACCCAUGGAAGAGGUCUCAAUCCAAGCGAUGCUGGAAGAGAUCGAGACCUGCAUCCAACAAGCGAUAGAAACCACAGACAAGCCAACAACAAUUAUCAUGGCAGGAGACUUUAACCGCCAUCACCCAAUGUGGAGCAAAAACCGCAUCUACCAUGUCGCGAUAGAACACGCUGAAGAAUUAGUCACUUUCUUUCACAAGCACGGACUCCAGCCAUGCCUCCCCCGAGGCACCCCUACAUACUGGUCGAUGAGUUACCCCGGAAGCAACUCCACCAUCGAUCUCACGGUAACGGAUACACCUGAAAGCCUUAUAAAAUGCCACCUUUACCAUGACCACUAUGGAUCAGACCAUCGAGCUGUUUACUCUGAAUGGUCCCUUGACCCAUCACGGAACGCCGAACGCGAACCUCGAAGAGCAUAUGACCGCGCGGACUGGAAACAGAUUGGAGAAUCUGUUCAAGCCCAAAUAGCACAAACACCGCCCAUCCAUACGGAGGCUGAACUUGAAGGAGCAGUGGCGAAGCUCAUUACGUGCACAACCUUUGCAGUGGACCAGCACACACCAAUGGCUAAACCGUCACCAUACUCCAAACGGUGGUUCUCCCCAGAACUCAAGGAGCAACAACGCGAAGUUAAUAGGGCACGGAGAAAAUGGCAAGAAAGCUGCGCUGAGAAAGGGCGUCAAGAUCCAAUGUCACUAAUUUUGUUCGGAGACAUGCGGACGAAACGCAGAGCAUGGACAAGAGCCAUUGAAAAGGCAAAAGCCACCCACUGGAAGGACUUCCUCGACAGCGCCGGAGAGGGCCACCUGUGGAAAGCAGCCUCGUACAUGCGCCCUCGGGAAUCGUAUGGAAACAUCCCACCAUUGAAACAAGACAAAGGGGAGACAGCGGACAACACGGAGAAAGCAAGGCUAUUUAUGAGAACCUUCUUCCCCAGGAUGGCACCACCAGAAGACACCAUGGAGAUGGAACAAAGAGAAGAGAUCCCAUGGACACCCAUCACCGAGCAAGAGGUCUACAGGGCCCUUCGGGCCGCCAAACCCAUGAAAGCACCCGGAGAGGACGGAAUACCAAUGCUGGUAUGGAGACAGCUGUGGCAAUGGCUGAGGACGGAGAUCCUCCGGAUCUUCACCGCAUCGGUCAACCUAGGGUACUAUCCAGAAAAAUGGAAGCGAGCAAGGAUCGUUGUCCUCCGGAAGCCAGGGAAGCCUGACUAUACCCUGCCGGGUGCAUACCGGCCGAUCUCUCUCCUGAACACUCUGGGGAAAGUCCUCGAAGCUGUCAUGGCCAAACGCCUUUCAUACUACGCAGAAGAAUACGGCCUGCUACCAAAUACUCAAUUCGGGGGUCGACCAGGCCGUAACCCUGAACAAGCGUUGCUUGUGCUGAGGAAUGCGAUUGACCGAGCAUGGCUAGCGUCGAAAGUGAUAACACUAGUGGCCUUUGACCUCAAAGGGGCAUUUAAUGGGGUUAGCAGUAACAUCCUUGACCGACAACUCAAGGCCAAAGGAAUCCCCACCAAGCUGCGAGCCUGGGUAGCCAGUUUCAUGGAAGGCCGAUCAGCCAGUAUCUCAUUUGACGACUUUGAGUCCGCCAGAUCCCUGCUAGAGAACGCGGGCCUGGCGCAAGGUUCGCCCCUAUCGCCAAUUCUCUUUAUCUUCUUCAACUCCAACCUGGUAAACCAGCGGGUGGACUACCACGGCGGCGCGUCCGCAUUUAUCGACGACUACUUUCGGUGGCGCGCGGGGAAAUCCGCCGAGGAGAACAUCAGGAAACUCCAGGAGGAAGACAUCCCCCGCAUUGAACAAUGGGCAAAACUAACAGGCUCAUGCUUCGCCGCGGAGAAAACCGAGCUUAUCCACUUUACUAGAAAGAAACGCGAACAAACCAAAGGGAGACUGGUAAUCCAAGGCGCGACCAUCGAGCCCUCAGCGACAGCCAAGCUGCUUGGGGUGGUGUGCGACCAGGAAUUAAGAUGGAAGGAACACGUACAGCAAGCAGUGAAUCGAGCCACCAAGGUCAACAUCGCCCUGGCGGGACUUCGACACCUCCGUCCCGGACAAAUGAGGCAGGUCUACCAGGCCUGUGUGACACCAAUCAUGGACUAUGCAUCAACAGUCUGGCACAACCCUCUCAAAGACAAGAGACACCUUAGGGUGCUCGACACGGUCCAAAGGUCAGCCUUGAUUCGAAUAUUGUCCGCAUUCCGAACAGUCGCAACAGCAACGGUGGAAGUGGAAACAUACACGCUGCCAACGCAUCUGCGACUCAAACAGAGAGCACAGAGGGUGAUUGUCAACCUGUGCACGCUCCCUAGAGACCACCCGAUUCAGGAUGUGAUUUCACGAGCUCGGAGGCGACGCGAUAACGUGGGAUCCCAACCCCGGUUCCCGCUGGCAGAAUCAAUGAAAACCAUGAGGCUGGAACAACUAGAUGGACUAGAAACGAUCGACCCGAAACCAAUGGCCCCUUGGAAACCCCCAGGCUUUUUGGAGAUUGACAUUGAACCAGACCGGGAGAAAGCAAAGGACAAGGCUACUGCCCUACAGGCGUCAUCCAAUAUGGUAGUCUUCUCGGAUGCAUCCGGGCAGAAUAACCAACUUGGCGCAGCGACAGUGAUACUAGACCACAAUAAAGAUGUAGUCGAGUCCCGACAACUCUCCAUUGGAUCGAUGGCCAAUUGGUCAGUGUACGCGGCGGAGCUUAUUGGGAUAUUCUACGCCAUUAGCCUUGUCCUAAAGAUAGUAAGCUCAAGACCAAGAACCCCGACAACCUCACAACAAGAACCAGCAACAAUCCUCUGCGACAGCAUGUCAGCACUACAGGCCAUCAGAAACCCAGGCAAUAAGUCAGGACAACGGAUCAUCCAUGCCAAUCUGCAGGCCGCCGCAGAAUUGAAAGCGCGAGGCAUCCCCCUCCGCCUCCAAUGGAUCCCGGGACACUGCGACGACCCUGGAAACGAUGCAGCAGACAAACUAGCCAGAAUGGCAGUUGGUCUGGAUAAAAUGCACCCCUUCCCCCGCCUUGUCUCCCAAGAAAGAGCAAGCAUUCGAAAGCAGAUCCUCAAAGAGUGGGAACAUGAAUGGAAGACAUGCAAAAAGGGUAGCCACCUACGGCGGAUUGACCCAAAGUUGCCUGCUAUCCGCACCCGACGACUAUACGACUCGUUGCCACGGAACCAAGCCUACUUACUUACCCAGCUGCGGACUGGCCACUGCUGGUUGGCUCCGUACGGCAAACUUCAUGGACACCGAGAAGACGAUAAAUGCGAAUGCGGUGCCAAGGAAACAGUAACCCACGUCCUACUAGACUGCUCAAAACUUAGAAUACCACGACAGAAACUACGCAGGGAGCUUGGAGAAGCGUUCGGUGAUAUACCGGCCAUGUUAGGAGGGAAAGGAGAAACCAGCCACGUGAAGGCUGUACUGGAUUUUGCAGAAGCAUCUCAAAGGUUUCGUAGCCGCGGACCAAGGGGCCCGCAAAGACAGAACUCAAGGCAGACGGCCACCACAGGCCCCUAG